CCAUUGUCGCGAGAGUUGCUAUCUACUAGAGCGAGUUCCUCAAGUCGUCGUCGUCGUCAUCGUUAGACAUAGAACAGUAUUGUUUGAUUUUUCGGUUUCUUAUCGCGUAAUCUUUAGUUUUUUUCGUUCGUUAUCUUCAAAAUUGCAACAGAUAUCGAAAGGUACCUGAUACUUUGGCAACAUUUGUGUAAUCCGUGGACGGUUCUUGGAAUAUUGCUGCAGAAGUUUUGAGAUUUUUUAAGGCUCAUAUGAAUGACGAAAAUCUUGGAACCCGUUAAUCACAACCACCACCCAUGAUAUCAUAAAUAGCAGCUCAGAAGUUCUCCAACGACAACAAUGCGUCUGAGAGGUGUGAAAAAGUGAAACAAACGUGCUGAGCCUAAGCCCAAAAGCAAAUAGAGUCGUUUACAAAUCCGAUGACGCUUCCAGCGAAGGAAAGGCAAAGUCAGAUACGAUAUACCUACAAGUCAAGUUAAAACCUAUUAGCUAAGAUCAAAUUUUGCCGCCCAGAAGAGCGUUUAGUAAACAGAUCAAAGCAAAACACAAAAUGUCUGUGAUACCAUUAGGAUUAGUUUUGGGCCUAGCACUAAUAGCUCGACUUGUCGAUGGCUUCAAUGUGUCACCUCAGCCCAACUUCAUCUUCACCGAGCCAGUUCUUCAGACGUUUAUGCCCAAGGUGCGAUCAUCGAUGUUCGGAUUCGCGCUCAAUCUUCGACCUGGAGGUGUCAUCGUCGGCGCACCCCAGGCUCAAUCUAAUUUAGCUUCGCAACGCAGGAUCAACGAAACGGGAGCCAUCUACAAGUGCUUCUUCGACCGAGGGCAAUGUGAACCGUUUUAUUUCGACAAAAUGGGCAACACAAACAACGAGAACGAACCGUUUGCCUAUAGCUCGGAGAAGAAGGAUUUUCAAUUUUUGGGAGCGAGUAUGGAUGGGCUGGGAUCAUCGGAAAAACUUCCUUUUGUCGUCUGUGCGCCUAAAAUCGUAAGCGAGCUGGUUGACUAUUACCUGUUACAUGGGAUGUGCUACGUGACACCAGAAACCGAAGGAAAUGAACCCAAGAUUAUUCGUCCAGUUUAUCCACUUCGAGUAAAAAACAAACAGCUUUACAAAGACCCGAAGAAGGACGGAGUCCAGUUCUACAACUAUAUGUAUGGCGAACAAGGUUUGAGUGUUCAUAUGACAGAUAACAGCGAAGAAGUAUUGAUCGGUGCUCCAGGAGUUUUCAACUGGCGCGGUACGGUAAUUCGUUACAGGCGGCAGAUCAACGAAGAUUUGGGAGGGCUAAGUCGACGAGAUGGAUCUGAAUUGAGACGAUCUCAGCCAGUUUUGGAUCGAUCUAAAAGACAAAUUGUUAACUAUUUCAGUGAUGUACCGAAUCCGUACUUCACUCCCGAGUUGGAAGAUGACUCAUACUUCGGUUUUGCGGUUAGCUCCGGAUCCUUUGAGGACAAAAAUAAAAUCCUGUACGUUGCCAGUGCUCCUCAAAUGGAUCUGCAGACUGGUACUGUUUAUAUUUUUGAUAUAAUAAAUGCAGACGCCUUCGCAGAAACACAGAUCGAAAUAAAGUCUCGAUUUCCUGGACAACAGCAAGGGGAAUACUUCGGAUAUGCUCUGCUGACAGAGGAUUUCAACGGAGAUGGAUUGCCUGACUUGGCCAUCUCAGCACCAAUGCACAGCAUCGAUUCCGAAUAUGAACAAGGAGUUGUCUAUAUAUGGAUUAAUGAAGGGAAACUUAAUUUCUACCAUCAAACUACCUUGAGUACAGAAUAUCCAUACAGUGGUCGGUUUGGAAUCAGUUUGGCCAAGAUCGGUGAUAUAAACAAUGACGGAUUUAAUGAUAUCGCCAUCGGAGCGCCAUUCGAGGGUAACGGAGCAGUAUAUAUUUUCCAUGGAUCUCCAAAUGGGCUUCAGUCUAAACCGUCACAAAAAAUCAUGUCUCCCGAAAACGAUUUUACGGACCCAACUACCAAACCUAUGUUCGGUCACAGCAUUUCCCGGUGCUCCGAUAUCGAUCAGAAUGGCUACAAUGAUAUAGCAAUUGGAGCACCGAACGCAGAACAAGUUUACGUGUACAAAACCUAUCCAACGGUUCGAAUAUUCAGCGUAAUAACUUCAUCAAAACGAGAAUUGGCACCUGAAGAUACAGCCUUCCAGCUAACGGCUUGUUGGAGAUACGAAUCCCCGACCAACAUUCAGCACGAUGUCGGUUUCAAUUAUACGCUCAAAAUAGACACUCUGAAUGGACGUGCUCAGCUGAACGAUGGGAAAAAUAUUCUGCAGGGAGCCGGAACGAUUAAUUACGAUGAUUUUUGCCAGGAAUUCGACGUUCGUGUUAAAACAUCGUUUGCUGACAUCUACAAACCUAUUUUGGUGGAUUUUACUUACGGUGUCAUUAGUAAGAUCCCUGCGAACAGUGACUUUUGUGAGCGAUGCGUCCUGACAGAUCCUAACGCUUUGCAUCACGUCCGAGAGAAAAUAUCAUUCAAAACGGGAUGCGCUGGGGAGACGUGUAUUGCGGAUUUGAAACUGUCGGCUCAGUGGCUGGAUUUGAGAUCCCCAUACGUGAUAGGAAGCUCACGGACCGCUUCCCUGAAGUACACAGUGCACAAUUCCGGUGAAAAUGCGUUCCUUCCGCAGCUGAACGUUACAAUACCGUCGAUGCUUUCGGUUGCCAAACUUCCAUCCCAGUGCAAACUUACCAACCUUAACGAUGGAUCGAACCUGCUGUGCGAGCUGAACAACGGGCAACCGAUGAAGACUGAAACCACUGCCUCGAUGACCGUGGUACUAGACACUUCCAGGGUUGAUGGAAGAGAAUUUUCCAUAAGCGCCGAAGUUUUCAGUACCAGUGAAGAGACAAACGGGGAAGACAAUGCCCUAGAAACGGCUGUGGAGCUUAAAGAGUUCAGUGAUAUUGAGGUCAUCAGUAAGACUUCGGUUGCGGAGAUUGACCUCGAAUCCCAGAGCGGGAAAAUCAAUAUCACCUAUCAAAUACAGGUUAUGAACAAUGGACCAAGUAGCCUGAAGGAUUUAACUUUGGUGCUGAAGGUUCCUCUGGUCUAUCACAAGCCAAGUUCUGUAGAUGUUUUGAAGAUAAUCAAUUAUAAUGACAUUCUCAUAAGCGGGUACUAUCAAUACAAAACCUUACAGUUCACAUGGACACAGGGCGAAGUUAUUCUGCUCCCAAACGCAAAAGAAUACUCAACCGAAAGAACUGAAAUCGACAACAUGUUCAAAGCAGGUUGGGAGUUCGGAUGGCCUACAGGAGAACACAUGACGGAUCCACCUAUAAUGGAUGACCAAAGACGACGACGUAGAUCCACAGAAGAGGUGGAGGUUUCUGACUUCAACCACUACACUGGACAAUUACUUCAGCAUUCACGCUCCACGCGAAGCAUCACAACCGUAAAUCAAGCCUUGAUCUCCGAUCUCCCAGUAAACCGAACGGUGUUCUUUAGCUGCAAUUCAGACCCACUGGUUAUGAUUGAGUGUGCCGAUGUCAGCGUUCAGAUCUCCAACUUCAAGCCGGGAAAUGUUCCAUUGAUGAUCAACAUGCAGUUUGAACUAGAUUUGGAUCAAGUGGCCGAAAGUUUCCUGGAACGGGAGGACAUUUUUGCGUUGAAGAUUUCAUCUCAUAUUCGAACCACCGACGGCGAAGAGGAUCGGUUCAAUUUGAUCGGAAACGAUCCGUUCACAAUUGUGUACAAGUACGCGAUCCCUAGCACUCCGAUUUGGGUAUACGUAGUUUCGACCAUCGGCGGUUUGCUGUUACUUGUGCUUAUUUCCUAUGGUCUGUAUAGGGCCGGAUUUUUCAAACGUCACAAGAAGGAAGAAAUCGAAAAGUUCCAUCGAGAGAGUGUCCGGAUGAAUCAAAUUGUCGAUACCGAUGAUGACAAUUGAACUUGUGAUUUCGAAUAGCGAGAAGUUUUCGGAUUUAUAGUGAGAACGCUUAAUGUAUUCGUAAAAUGCAAUUUUUAUUUUGAAAAAUGAUCAGGUUAUUUGCAGAUGCAUCACUUAUUUUAUUCUUGUAGAACUAAAAAUACGUGAGACUAAGAAGUUUUUCUUCCAAUUACGUAAAGCAAAUGAAAUGAAAUCAAUUGCACCGGUUCCAAAGAACCAGCAGAAAAGCAAAGUGCCAAAAAAGUUAAACCACGGUUAUGGUUUCCUUAUUUUAUUUUAUCGACUGUUAUAUUUAAUUUUAGUCAUUAAGUGGCAUUUACUAGUGAAGUCAAAAGAAUUAUUCUUUAUUAUUUAUUUUGAACAAAUCAAUUAAAUCAUGAUUAACAUUGAUUUCAUUUAAAAGCAAAGCUGAAAUUAGAACAAAAAAUGUUACGUUGCGACACAAAUUAAAAAAAAGUCAGCACUCAAGUCCAUUCUUAAAUAAAAGUUACAUUAAAUAUUAUGACAACCAAAUCAAAAUAUGUAUUUAUAAAAUAUGUAUAUCU